GCCGUGCCGUCAGUGCCGUUGGUGCCAUCAGCCUGCCCAGCGACUCGUGUUUCGCUUCCGGCUCGCAAGGCGAACUCUUCCGACAUUGGGCAAUCCCGCCUCUCGGCCAUUGCCCUGAGAUCCCCACAUCGUGCGACCACUCUCCGGCCGCGCAUCGCGCCCCGUCCUCCUCGGAGUUCCUGUCCCACCAGCCCGAAGUAGCCGACUUACACAGGUACCUUUGCGCCCCGUCUCCACCGGGCAGCCGUCAACGACCUCGACCAGCGGCUUACCCCCCAAAAUCUCCACUCAACCCACAUUAUUUUUAUUUCUUUUCCUAGCCGGCUUUUUGGCCCUUUCGAGUUUCUCGACGACAACAGUUUGGUUUUGGCUUCGUUCCGGAGUCAUCGGCACCCUGUACCGAUGUUUUUGGGCGGGCGUUACCCCCAGCAAUGACCCUAUAGGCGGUGCAUUCUGCGACCCUCUCCUGUCUCGAACCCGUCGCGCGCGCGGGCGUUUCCGAAAGCUUUGCUUCUCUUUCCCCUGUCGGCUUCGCAGCUCCGACAGCCGUCGUCGCCCGCCCUUUUUGCGACACCGCAGCGAAGCGUUCACUCCCGGACGUUGUUCCGAACCCGCAACACUACUGGCCCUGUCUUCUCAGCAACACGCCGUCGUGCGACUCAUUCGCGAUGCUCAUCGAUGGUGAAAAGUGGGCUUGCGAGGCCUGCGUGCGAGGCCAUCGUGUCAGCAACUGCCAGCAUCAUGAUCGGCCGCUCCAGCACAUCAACAAGAAGGGGAGGCCCGUUUCGCAAUGCCAACACUGCCGGGCAAUGCGCAAGUCGCGCUCGGCGCACGUGAAGUGCGACUGCGGCGAGAAGACGCAAAAGUGCGUGCACUUGAGACCGGUAGUGGAGGGUCACAAGGAAAGCUGCUGCUGUAACCAUGGCGGCCGCUGCACCUGCGCAUGCAAGAGGGAACCCAAGCUGGACACGGUACCCGAGUCGGACUCGGACGAGCCCGUUCCAUCCCAGCCCAAGAUUGCCAAGGCAGGCUCCCGUGUGAGACGCCGGGCCAACACGACCAACUCGGAUGCUUCUCUGUCUUUCGACGCCAAUGGUCAUCACAAGCCGACGUACAAGCACGCCAAAGCCUCGCAGAAAUGCGGACCGUACAAUCUCAACCGCGGCCACUCGAUGUCCAACGCGGGCAGGAUGAAAAACCGAUCGAUGGACGAUCUCUUUGGCGCUGGUGCGGUCGGCGAUCCUGCACCCGCCACCGGGAGCGAUAGCAGCAGCGAGGCGAUCGCACAGAGGCAACGCCGAGUCAAGUCGGAGGCCACGUCUCCUUUGCUGGAGGGCUCCUCCUCGUUUGCCCAACUCAACGGGCAACUGCCGCCCCUUGAUCUGUCGGGCAUCAAGUACCCCCCGUACAUCCCGAACAGCGCCGACUUCUUUGGCGCCCUGUCGGAUUACGAGCAGCCCAUGUUCAGCGCCGGUUUGAGCGCGGCUUCGGUGGACUGGAGUCAUUACGAGGGCCUCGAGCUUGCCGGCAAGACUGCCGACUUUGCGCCCUCGAACUACAGCCAACCGCAAAGCUACGGCGGGUUCGAUUUUACUGGGUCCGAGAUUCCCACCAUGACGACAACCACUUCGACGUCCGGCGAGGUUUCGGAGGCGGAGGACUUCUUGUCGAACCCGCUCGACGAGUUCGACACGUUCCAGAGCAGCGCCUCGAUCAGCGGGUACGGAUUCGGCCACCCGGCCGUUGACUUGUUUUCCGCCCCCGACCUCACCAACCUUGACGUGGACGACUUUAGCUACAUGAAGAAGGAUGCCAGCAAAUUCGUGCCGACGCCUGCAACCACGGCCGGUGACGACCCGACUCUGCUCACCACCAGCGCGCCAGCCUUUGGUGGUCUCACGUCGCUAGACGAUGACUCGGGUCUUUGGAUGAACGAUUUCGGCAUGCCGACCCUGACCGAGUCACCCACAGAAAGCAACAUGGCGUCGUUCUGGGACAGCCAGUGAUGCACGGUGAUACCCGUUAUCGACCGAGAUAUACGGCCUUUUGCUCCUUUAGCUCUCAGGGAACGUCCUUCCGGUCGGUCAGAUCUGGGGC